UAUAAAUGACACUGGGUAUCCAUUGCCGGUUGGGUUAUUUAUAUAGUAAUCGAUACAUAUUUACGCGAUCUAACCCAAAAAACCUGUAUUGUGGAUAUUGUUCACGAAAGCCUACGUGUUAAGAUUUGUUAUUGUCAUCGUCUCACUGCUGGUCCUCGGGAUCGGUUCAGACAUCACUUGCCACUGAUCUAAUCUCAGGGCGCCGUAUUCAUAGAUAUAUUUAACCACUUAAUGUGCAAAGUGACGGAACACAGUAGUAAGGUGAUCCUUCGGUUUGGUGGUUGGCUGAUGGAUGAAGCAGUGUAGUUGAUAGUGGAGGAGCAGCAGUAGGUAAGGGACCAGGAUGGGAAGAGGGGGGGCCUUGAGCUUGCACUCACGAGCGGACGGGGGUCAGCAGUGAGGAUGACCAGCGAGAGGAAAUUUGAGAUCACUACAGCAGCAGUGAAGGAGUGACACCCCCCCCCCCCCCCCCCCAACUGAGUGGUGAUUGACUGGAGGUUUUGCAAAGAGGAACUUGUUGUUAGAGCAGAGGGAGGUUGUACUGAUAAAUAUGAAUAUUGUCGUUUGUCCAGGAACACCAGGAGGGUCCUGCAUUUGAAAAAUUCGCCAGUACCAUUUAAAUGCAUGUUAUUCAUGUGACAAACAUUCCUGGAGAAAACCCCACAUACAGGGGAUAACAUCUAAAAUUAAUCAAAUCUCUCUUUGCUUAUCCAAUAAAGUCUCAUUAACUCUCGAGAAUAUUUUAGGAGAGUCCGGCAUUGGGGCGUUUUGUCAAUUCCAUAUAUGAGAGACGUGGGAGGAAACUGGAGGAAUAUCCAGUGUAUACCCACCGUGCAUAUGAGGGGCAUGUAGCCAAAGCUCCACACAGAUGGAUUGACAAAACCAAUUGCUGUGCUGCCAUCGUUUGGCCAUCUUGCAGCCUGAACCUACAACCAGGGCUUGAUUUUAGCCGCAUCUCUCCGAGUAAUUAUUUUCACCCAUCACACCAAAUCCAUGAUGUCUGGCUGUGGCUACGAGCCUCGUGCUACUAAAUCCAGUCUUCCACAAACCUGCAAUAUAUUCACUGAGAAAUGAAAUCCUGCCAACAACGUCUGUUAUAUCAAGGCUGUCGUAAAUUUAAUUACUAACCAGGCUCACAUUCCAGCAGAUUUGGGAGUUUCACAAAUUCCUAAUUAUUCACAAAACCUAGCUUCCAAAGUUCUGGGUCACAGGCGUAUGGGUUACAGCUACUACCACACCUGACUCUUAUACCUCUUUUGCACUCUGCAGGCACCAGGUUGUUUUUUCACUAUAGAACCCAAGUUGUACCACUGACAUCGCACGCAAUGAACAAGUCGAGUCAUAUCUAGACGAUGCGUUUCGGUGAAUCGUAUUAACCUGGUCCUGCUUGGCCCUGUCAGCUUAUCACGAUUUUGUCAUGGCUCGGCACAGAAAAUAGCCAGUGGAAAUCAACAAAAAAAUCAUACCGUGAUGGCCACAUGCUGGCAUGCUGGUAUAACACAAACGUGCCAAUGGAAAAGGGGGUAUUAGUUUAGAGGGGAAUGUGAGUUUUAGAGGACGAAUGACCUUUGUGUUCCCCGUCCACGGCUUUUCGUGACCAUGUGCGCUGCCCCGAGCGUAUGCACUGCCAGGGUCGGGGAGGGCAUGGCUUCCAAACCGCCUGCCCCCCCGGGGCGGGUGUUGCGAGUGAGUCAGCUGGACGCACUGGAGCUGGAUCGCAUGCUGGAGCAGCUGCUGUGGGAGCAACUGGGUCGCUGCUUCCAGGCGUUCCGCCCGGGCCUGCUGGUGGGCUGGGAGCCCGAGCUGCGAGCCCUGCUGCGCCUGCUGCUGUGGCGCUUCACGCUGUACUCGAGUGAGGCCACCGUCGGCCAGGCCCUGCUCAACAUCCGCUACAGCUACAACCACGGGGGCCGCCACGUGUCCCUGAGCCGCCGGCAGAAGCUGUGGUUCGCGGCGCUCACCGUGGGCGGCGGCUGGGCCAGCGAGCGCUGGCGAGACAUCUACCCGCGCGGGGGGGGCAGCGACGGCGCCUCCGCGCACCACGCCGACGGUGGUGUCGGCGGCGCGAUGGGCGCCGCCGGAGGAGGGCUCGGCUACAGAUUCGUGACCGGCGGCGGUGCCGCCGCGCUCUUCCCCCGGCUGAAGAAGGCGGCGGGGACGGCGCUGGGGCUGCUGGGAGCCACGCAGCUGCUCGCCUACGUGGUGUUCCUCCGCACGGGCACCGGGCUCUCGCUCACCGAGCGCCUGCUCGGCUUGAAUGCCGUGCAGGCCCGGCCGCAGGGUCUGCGGCAGGUCGGCUUCGAGUACAUGAACCGCGAGCUGCUGUGGCACGGCUUCGCCGAGUUCCUGCUCUUCGUGCUGCCAUUGGUCAACGCCGCGCGCCUGCGCUUCUCGCCGACGGCGCACGGCCGCGCCGGUGGCGCCAAGGACCCGGCGGAGGCUGCCACAGUGUGCGUAGCGUGCGGCGAGUGGCCCUGCCUCCCGCACACGGCCGGCGGCUGCGCCCACGUCUUCUGCUACCACUGCCUGGCCAGCCGGCAGGCGGCCAGCGCCGACCUCGCGUGCCCGCGGUGCGGCUCGCCGGCCCGCCGCAUGCUGCCGCUCAGAGUCGCGGUGCCGGAGCGGGGCCGAGUGGAGGGCGAGACGGCCGAGAGUUUUGGAUGAUAAAUGAUUAAAUAACGAUUACAAAAAGGAACAAAGUCCGUUCGUCAAGUGCGGUAGCGUGCGCCGCGACAGCGCGUAGCAGCAUCGCCACGCUCCGUCAUCAAAACCGAGAGGUCGCAGCUGACAAAAUACCGCCAAUUAAGCGCCCUUCCUUGGGGUCCCUCCUGCCAUAGCAUCUUGACAAAGGCAACUUAACGAUGGGAAGAAACGAAACGGAUCGCCCACGUGUGAGCGGGGUUCAGGUGCGCCCCGUGUGUUUAUCGGAAAAUGGUGCAGAAUGGGCAUCAUACAUUGCAUCGAUUACAAUUGAUUAUCAAUUAUAUCAAUAUAUGCAGUGAAUUGUGCUUGUAAGAUUUGAUUAUUCACAAUUUAUAAAAAAAUAUAUAUUUGCUACGGUUACAUUUAUGCCAAUGAUCCGAACAAAACUCGCGACAGAAAAAAAACCAAGAUACAAUAAAACGAGACAAAAAAUGCAUAGAUUUUUGAGUUGCAUCGCAAUCUUCAAUCGUGAUGAUUUGUAAAAUCGCCAGUGCAGUGUGGAUAGUUAAAUGGGUGUCAUGCAGUGGGGGGGGGGGGGCAUUGGCUCUGGUGCCAGAAAUGAAAUGGACCCCCCCGUUUCCCCACUCCAAUCUCGUCCCAUUCCGUAUCCCGGCACCUAGGUCGCUCCGGGGCCCCCAUGGACCCCGGCGUAAUUGUCCUGCGUGCCUACUCAGGAGCCACUACUCUCCUCACUGAAGGUUACUAUUCAGUUAAUGGAGCGAACAAAACUGUGCAAACAAGAAAGAGAAAACCUAUUUAAUCCUGAAUCGUAUUGUGAUUCCGAACGGCCACAUGCCGAGUACGGGGCGCUUCUGACCACUCACCAGUCGACCGAGGCGACGCGCAGAGCGCUUGCCUUGUGACAUUGUGGACCAUCGUCGUGGAAUUAACGUUAAUCCCCUUUUAUUUUCUCUGCUCGCGAAUGCUCGGAUGGUCUCCUAGAGACACCGCACACUCGGCUCGUGUUUGUACAAACGCAUGCGUGGUGUUUGGCCAAACCGUGUGUGUGUCUACGAUCGCACGUCCACGUGGGAUUCGGUGUGUUGGAUCUGCUUUGUGGAUUGAAUCUCUCUGUGUGGCAGAGCUUCAAUGUUACCCCGCGUACUUUUAGUUUUCAGGACCCUUCUGAAAGAGAGUACCGAGGCUCGGGUCGAGCUUUUCCUUGGUGCAUGUGCAUCACCACUGCUGGAUGAGGGCCUCGCCACGCAGGCCAUGGCAGUUAUUUCACCCAGUUCGGGUCGGUGAAGGUGGCGACCGUAAACGUGGGAGCAUACAAGUACAGUCCAACAACGAAGUAGCUCCAUAGCUGCCUAUGACAACUUGUUUGUGCAUGGUUAUCACUCGUCGAGUGAUUUGGUCGUAGGCUGAGGAAAGGAAAGAGAAAGUAUUAUUGUGAACAUUACUGCCUUGCUAACACUCAGCAGCAGAGGGUGCUGUGGGUGUAUGUGCCGGUGCCUGUAUUGUGCAGUAUGCUGUGCCACCUGGGUCUAGUGGAAAUGCAAGAUGGAAGUCUCGCACUGAACUUCAUUAAAUCUAUAUUUGGAGAAGCUGUUAAAAAUGUAAUUAGCAGAAAAUGUGUACAAUUUCAUCUGAAUUAAGACCUACUUAGGAGGUGUUAAUUUAGUUAAAGAAUUUAAAUAUCAACAAUAUUGCACCGUGUUAGUUUCAGGGCUGCGUUACUGGAUCAUGAUAUAUCUGUUUUUAAAAGCUUGAAAUAAUUUUUUUCUCAAUGCACUUUUUUGGUAAAUCUUAUUUUUCGUUUCAGAGGAAGUUUGCACGGAGGUGAUGAUUAACAUGUGAUGUUUAAAUGACAUAAACUUAAACAAAUCUAAAAUUACUGAAAAAUAAAAAACGAAUUUACAGCUCAUUACAUUUUUAUCUAAA